AUGAUAAAUUAUUUGCUUAUGGCGGAUAAGCGACAGAGACGGCGUCACCGACGAAAACGUCGUAGAAAGCCAAGGGGCCGCAAAGCCAAACGAGCAUUAAUGGAUCCUUCGAUCAAUGGUGGAACUGAUAUCAUCAGCACUAUGCCAGAUGAGAUCCUCCACCAUAUCCUCUCCUUUCUUCCUAUCAAUCUCGUGAUCAGAACUUCCUUCUUCUCCAGACGAUGGAGGCAUGUAUGGUGCGAGACACCUUGUCUCAACUUUGAUUGUCUCAAAGCGACGCCUCAAGAUAUUAUGCAAACCCUAAAAUCCUACAGGGCUACUAAAAUCAUGAGUUUUCAUCUUACAAUACCCCCACAUGUCCCUGAACCCCAGAUUGAUGAGUGGAUGGAGUUUGCCGUCUCCCGUAACGUGGAGAAGCUGUCUCUGUUCUUCCAUCCUUCUCGCAAGACUUAUCGUUUCCCAGAUUCCUUCUAUCGUAGUUCCUCUUUAGAGCAACUCAGCCUUAAUUUAUAUACGAUUCCCGGAUGCACUGUGUCUUGGAAAUCCCUAAGGAUAUUGACAUUGUGGAGUUAUCGUCUCCAUGAUGAUGAAUUUAUGGCUAAUAUUUUCUCUGGCUCUCCACUUCUUGAAACCUUGAAAUUGGUUGGAUGUCCUGUUGAGCGUCUUGAUCUGAGUAAAUCACCGAGUUUGAGGAGACUGGAGAUUCAUCCUUUAUAUCGCCGAGGUCGAGGGCCAGCCGAGAUUGUAACGCCGCAGAUCCAUUAUUUGAGAUUGACAUUCUCUGUGGAGAAACCACCUACUUUAGUCCGUGUCUCCUCUUUGGCCGAAGCUAACCUUGGCAUUAGCAUGGUCAGCUCCGGUUUUCGAAAGGAUGAUGUUCUUCAGACCAUGGUGCUUAAGAUGCUAGCAAAACUGCAAAACGUAGAGAGACUUACUUUAAGGACAACCUUUCUUGGGAUUUUGUCUGUCGCUGAGCUCCGCGGUGUUGCUUUCCCAACGCUCAAGGUCAAAACGUUGACUGGUGAAACCAUGUUAGUAAAAUCUGUUGUUCCUGGCAUAGCAAGGUUACUACGAAAUUCACCUGGAUUAAAGAAGCUUAUAGCACAAGGAACAUACUCGGGCAAUGUAGAGGAUAUGGAUAUGGACAGGUAUUUGGAUUCACAAGGCUUGCAUCCAGAUAAAUGUUGGGGAUCGAAGUACGAGGUGCUUCCUACCACAGAUGAGUUGAAUAGGAUGUUAAAAUCUUGCUGUAAUGAUGCAGCGUCCAAAGUUGUGGCUUCGUUCAUGGAAAUGGUGCUGAGGAACGGAAAGACACUAGAGACAUUGGUUUUAGGGUUUAAAGAUAUCUACGACCGUGGUGGUCCAAUGUGGUUUAAAGAGUUGCUUCAGAUUCCUCCAACACUUUGUAACAACAAUAAUGUCUCCAUUGUGCUCAGACGUUAUUUUACUUAGUAGUCUAAAUUCUUUUAUAUACAACCUUUUAUAGUGUGAACCUCAAUUUGGAGAAGUGAAAAUAGUUGUAUCUGAUUUUUUUUAGAGAAGUGUUUGACUAA